AUGUCACCACAUCCUCAGCAGGUUGCCCACGCAGCUUCCCUUUCCGAUCCAGAGUCCUUCUGGAUCGAGCACGCACAACGACUUCACUGGCAUAAGCCUCCAUCACGCGCCUUGACGCGGCGCACCAAGAAACUCCCUAGUGGAGUGCAGCAUGAGCAUUGGUCGUGGUUCCCGGAUGGAGAAAUCUCCACGACCUACAACUGUGUGGAUCGCCAUGUGCUGGCUGGUCGGGGCGAGGAUAUUGCGAUCGUUUGGGAGUCUCCGGUCACGGGGAUGGUGGAGCGGUAUUCGUAUGCUCGAUUGUUGGACGAAGUAGAAGUGUUGGCGGGCGUGUUGAGGGAGGAAGGGGUGAAGAAGGGUGAUGUGGUGAUUAUUUACAGUAUGUUGCCCUCCCCGGACUCUCCCUCUUGGAUGAUUCCCUCUUUCCCCUUUGGCACCGGGGGAGGCAAUGCAUCGGUAGCGCCAGCGAUGUGGUCGGCGCAAGAGACACACGGGAUAGAAAUCCGUCCUGUUGUCCCCCGCAAUGUCCAAAUCUCGCUGGCGCAGCGGAUUGAGGCCGCCCGGCCCCGGGCAAUCAUGACCGCUUCUUGCGGAAUCGAGGGGUCCAAGGGACCCAUUGAUUAUCGACCCUUGGUGGAAGGGGCGGUGCAGGCGAGUCGCUUCAAGCCGGAGAAAGUGAUUGUCUGGCAGCGAGAUCAGCUCCGGUGGAACAAUCCGGAUAAGUUGGGUGGACAGCGAAAUUGGCAGCGUCUGGUGAAGAGUGCGAGGAUGAGGGGAGUGCGAGCCGGCGCGGUUCCGGUGAAAAGCACGGAUGGGUUAUACGUGAUUUAUACCAGUGGAACGACGGGCCUACCCAAGGGUGUUCUCCGUGAAGCAGGCGGCCACGCCGUCGGUCUGGACCUUUCGAUCCGAAUGUUAUUCAAUGUCAACGGUCCCGGGGAUGUCAUGUUUUGUGCCUCGGACAUUGGAUGGGUCGUGGGACACUCAUACAUUCUAUACGCACCUUUACUGGUCGGUGCAACGACGACCGUGAUGUUCGAGGGCAAACCGGUCGGAACUCCGGACGCCGGAACUUUUUGGCGCGUCAUUGAAAAGCACAACGACGACCCUGGUGACCGUCUCUUCAAAGAGGUCGGCAAGCGAGGAGGUCUCAAGUCCCUCCGUGGUCUGUUCCUCGCCGGCGAACGGAGCGAGCCCAGUAUCGUGCGGGCAUAUCAAGACCUUCUCACUGCGCACGCCGCUCCCGGUGCCACCGUCAUAGACAACUGGUGGUCGUCCGAGUCUGGGUCUCCCAUCACCGGUCUGGCGCUGAACGGAGAUGGACGGGCCGCAGCUGCAUCCGCAGUGCCGAAAUCUCCCGCCAAGCCACUCCCCAUUCGACCAGGUUCAGCCGGCCUUCCUAUGCCUGGGUUCGAUGUCCGCAUCGUCGAUGAUGCUGGAACCGAGGUGCCCGCCGGUACGAUGGGCAAUAUUGUGAUGGCGACCCCUCUCGCGCCCACCGCAUUUACCAAUCUCUUCGAAGACGACGAGCGCUUCUAUCGCGGAUACCUGAAACGGUUUGACGGUCGCUGGGUCGAUACCGGUGAUGCAGGUAUGAUCGACGAAGACGGCUAUGUGCACAUCAUGUCUCGGAGUGAUGAUAUUAUCAACGUGGCCGCACAUCGAUUCAGUACGGGCGCGAUCGAACAAGCCAUCCUCUCACAUCCGGCCAUUAGCGAAGCCAGUGUGGUGGGGAUCCCCGAUGCCCUCAAGGGUCAUUUACCAUUCGCGUUUAUCCAUUUACGAUCCAGCGUCGGGGCGGAACUGCCGGCGACGGUGCCCGAGACGCUAUUCCGGGAGGUCAAUACGCUGGUGCGCGAACAGAUUGGUGCCAUCGCCUCGUUGGGUGGAAUGAUCCAGGGAAGAGGGAUGAUUCCCAAGACGAGGAGUGGGAAGACCCUGCGACGUGUUUUGAGGUCGUUGGUCGAGAAUGGGGUCGAGGGCAAGUUUGACGAAGUUGUGAAUGUUCCACCGACGGUGGAGGAUAUAAGUGUGGUCGAGGUUGCUAGGGCCCGAGUGAAGGAUUACUUUAUGGAGAAGGGAGUGAGUAGUGGUAUUAGAGCCAAGUUGUGA